CGCUGCUCGAGGUGGCGCCGUGGCAGGCGCUGGCGGGGCCCUCGGGGCGGGUCCACUACGGUCGCGCUCCACCUGCUGGUACGUGCGGGGCGGGUGCCGGUGCGACUACACCUACGGGGCGGAGCGCGUGGGCAUGCCCAAGGCCGCGGAGGCCCGCUUCGCGCCCGUCAUGGAGGAUUCGAGCUCACCGAGCGCGUGUUCGCACUCGUGUGCCCGGCCUGGCCGCGGGAGAGCUGGCCCAACUGCGCCAACCUGA